AAUGACAUUUACCCUCCACUGCAAAGCUGGCCGUGUUUGUGGUCAGGAAGGGACAGGCCUGUCCUCUGUGCCAAGUUCCCUGGUUCCAGGACCCAGUGGUAUAAAGGGCAGCUGAGUGAGGAACCAGCGCAGACUCCCCCAGCCCCGCGAGCAAGCUGUUCAGCAGCUGUGAGAGCAGACGCCAGACAUGAAGACCCUGCUCCUGAGCUUUGGCCUGGGCCUCGUUGCUGUCCUGCAGGCUCAGACCCUUCCGACUGUGGUGGAGGAGGAGAAGGAGGACGCAGGGACUUGGUAUUUUAAAGCCUGGGCAUCCGACAAGGAGAUUCCUGGGGGAAAGCUGGGCUCUGUGUCUGUGACCCCCAUGAAGAUCAAGAUCCUGGACGGGGGCAGCCUCAAAAUCACGUUCACUCUUGGGAUUGCAGGCCACUGCAGGGAGAUAAGCAGCACCCUGAAGGAAACUGAGGAACCCGGGAAAUACACCGCCUAUGGCGGCAAGCACGUGGUACAAAUCAUUAAGUCGGGCGUGGAGGGCCACUACAUCCUCUAUGGCGUGACUGAUCUGCACGGACAUCAGAUCCGAACGGCUAAACUUGUGGGCAGGGACCCUGACUUCAACCAGGAAGCCCUGGAGGACUUAAAGAGGGCUGCAGGAGUCAGAGGUCUCAGCCCAGAGACCAUCGUCAUCCUCAAACAAAGGGAAACCUGCUCUUCAGGAAGCGAUUAGGAUAAAGCCCUCUUCCUCCCUCCCUCCGUGGCCUCACGGAUGCUGAGCUACGCUGAACUACGGCUUGGAAGCAGCCCGGUGGCAUCACCCUGAACUUUUGCCCUGGGAGCCAUGGGACUAGCCCCGCCCCCCAUGUCCAGCGCUCUCCAUCACCUGCUGCCUUGGCCCUCACCCU